UUUUCCUUUCCUGGGGCAGAGUUGGCGGGCGGCCCGGCUGACCAGCCGCACCGCUCGGGGAGCCGCUCGGGGAGGGGAGAGGAGCCCGCAGCUGGAGCGCCGCCGCCGCGGGCGUUGGAGACCCGGCCUUUGGAGUGGCAGAUCCCGGCGCUGGGCGGGAGCCGCUCCCCGAGUAGAAUGAGCAUCCCUGGGGCAGGGCGCGUCCCAACGCCGGGGGUUCCUGCCCAGAGAAAUGAAAAAAAAAAAAAAAAACUGCCUGAUACACAUGCUUCAAAGGGAGAAAAGCUAACAGAUUGUACUUGGAAUCAAAAAGACCAAUGUUCAAAUCCUGCCUCAAACUCUUACUAGUUAUAUUAUAAAUGGGAGAGUGGCUGAAUCAAAUCAUGAUAAUCAGAAAUGUUACCUGGUAUUCAGAACAACUUAUUGCAGAGAUUGGACUAUGUAGUCUUUUGACAGUGAUCAUAACAAGAUCUAUUGAAUAACAUGUGGCAGAUACAGGUUAUGCAGUUUACAGUGGUCUGAGUCUUACUGAGGGUGACUCUUCUCCAUGAUUGGAUGCUUCUCAGACCAGCAGAAACGUGUCUAAACCAGAGCAGCCACUCCUUCCACUAUGUGGACUUUUCACAAACUGAGGCUGCUUUCCUGGUCCAGCCCCGCUCUCCAUUUCUUCUUCUUGACCAUAGUAACGUUUGGCAUUUUGGCCCCCCUGACUUGCCACCACCUCCUGCACUCUUACUUCUACGCCCGCCACUGGCACCUGGAUCGGAUGAGCAAGGAGUUCCUGGAGCAGAGCUUGAAGGAGGGCGAGGCUGCGCUCCACUACUUUGAGAAACUCCAGGCCCGCAACUUCAGUCUGCCCCAUGGUGAACGGGCGUCAUCGCGGCCUUGGCUCGUCAUCACCAUCAUUACAGUAUACCGACAGCCGGAGUUCCACUAUGUCCUACAGGUGGUGUCUGGCUUCCAUCGCCUCCUUCAGCAGUGCGGGCCGCCAUGCCGGAGUUACCAGCUCUUUCUGUGUAAUGUAGAUUGGAACUCCAGGCACCAGGAUGCCACUCUGCUGGCCAACUUUAUCCCCGUGACCAGCCGGUUUGCAAACAGCAAGGGGCCAAACAUUAGCAGGGCUGUCUUCAGGAAUACGUUUGAGAAAGAGAAGCAGGACUAUGCCUAUUGCCUGGAGAAGUCCCUGCAGAAUUACAACCCAGAAUACAUCCUGAUGGUGGAAGACGACGCCCUUCCUGAAGAGCAGAUCUUUAGUGUCUUACGGCACCUCCUGGAAACUAGAUUCUCUGAACCACACCUCAGAAAUGCCCUUUACCUGAAGCUUUAUCAUCCCGAGAGGCUCCAGCACUAUUUCAACCCAGAGCCCAUGAGGAUUUUGGAGUGGUUUGGUGUGGGGAUGUUCCUGGGGCCCUUGCUCGGCUGGGCUUAUGUCAAGAUUGCUCACCUCCCGGUACUGAACUACCGCAUUGUUCUGUUCUUCUCCUUGUACAGCAUGGGGCUGGUGGAGUUGGUGGGCCGGCAUUACCUGCUAGAGCUUCGGCGGCUGGCCCCUGCCCUUUACAACGUGGUCCCUACUACACAGUGCUGCACUCCUGCCAUGCUUUUUCCUGCAUCUUCAGCCCAGAGGACAGUGAACUAUCUGGCCGAGAUAUCCUGCCGCAAUGGCUUUGCCAAGGACAUGGCUCUCUACUCAUUUCUGCAGGACAAGAAUGAGAAGGCCUAUGUAGUAGAACCUAACCUAGUGAGGCACAUUGGGCUCUUCUCCAGCCUCCGGUUGAACUAUAAACCCAAAUUGUUAUAAAAUCCCAAGAAAAGCCUUUCUGGAUAUUGUCAGAACUACAUCUUAGAGCUGGAUGCACUUAACCUUGUAUUUUGGAUCCAUUUACUUUAUUUUUUGUUUGUUUAAUAUUGGGUAGAGAAGUGUUCAUUGGGAAAUAGUGGACUUAGAGUUGAAGUGCCUUAACAAUUCCUAAUCUGCUGACCAGUGACAGUUGGGUACUAUUUGAAUACCACAAUUCUUCCAUGUUCUCCACCAGAACUAGAUACAUGUCUUAUCCAUAAAUGACUUGUGAAUUCUGGAUAUUUUAAUUUGACAUUAGAACUUCUUAUUUCAGACCCACUAAAUAUUUUGCACACACACACACACACACACACACUCUCAGUCACUUCCCUCCCUUGUGGGAACACCCAAGAUUAAAAUAGUUGUGCCUUUAAGGAAAUUUUCGGUAAAAUAAUAAACUUCCUCUUAAUGCCUUUGUAUGGGGAUAUAGAUCCAACAAGAUCCUAGUAAAACAUUUAUAAAAAGAGUGAGUGCAUAAUAGAAAGGAGACAAUAGGUUAUUGUGAAAGUUUGGGGGAUGUUGGCCAAGGGUCUAAAAGCUUCCAACAUAAGGGUUCUAGGGUUGUCAACUCUUUCCUUUCCCCACCCCACCCCAUAAACAAGUCUGAAAGCAUAAUCUAUCUAAAUUCUCCAAUUUUAAAUUUUCUUUUACAUCUUUCUAGUCUGAAGCACCAGAAUUGCGAUUAAUUUGCCUUGCCAAAAAGACGCUUCUAGUCUUGUGAUGGACUGCUUAUUUCCUUUCUCUUAUUUUAUGGUUGCAUGUUGUCCACUUUCAUGAGAGGUUAUAAGGGAAUUGAAGGCAGAAUUUUACAUGUGUCAUCUGUAUUUAUUAUUCAACAGUCAAUGAUCCUACUUUGUGCAAGGCAUUUGUGGUAGGCAUUAAGGGGAAUACAAAGAUCAACCAGAGAUCACAAAAUCUGAGAGUUGGAAGGGCCCUCAGAUUUCACCUUUUCUACCAUACAUACAUACACAUAAGUAGUUUCUAUUUAUAUUAUAUAUAUACACUUUUUUGUGCACUCUUUCCUCUGUUGGAAUGUGGAAGAUACAUUCUAAUAUGUUUCCUUGAGGAAAGAGAUCAUGCUUUUGCCCUUCAUAAUAUAUUCUUAAUGCUUCGUGCAGUGCCUGGAACUUAACAAGUGCUUGAUAAAUGCUUGUUAUAUGUGAUUUUUGCUUAAUGAUUAGCAAUAAGCUAAUAAAAAGCAGAGCUGGGAUUAAGCCUGGGACAUGCAAUUCCAGCUUUCUCUCUACUGUUCUGCCACAUACCAAAUGACACCAUUUCAUUCAUUUUUUUCUCCCAAGAAGAUCACCAGAAGGUGGUUUCUUUCCCAAUUGGAAUAAUGAGAUAUUCAUACUCUAAGAGUUGACAAGUGAAAGUAUACUUAUAUACAAUAAGGAAGAAAUGAAAAACCAGAAACCCAGAUUCAGUUGUGCACAGCCUCUCAUUCUUCCUCAGGAAAGGGCUCUAGCCUCCAGUGUUUGAACUUUUUGGUGUUCCUAUGAACAGAAAGCUGCAUCAGUGACCCAAACUUUAAGUCUCCUGUUCCAAUCAAUGAUUAUUUUGAGAAAAGACAACUUUAAUUUGAGUGGAGAUGAAAGUUAAGACAUUGACCACACACACACACACACACACACACACACACACACACACAUAUACAUUACCACCACAAGAGAGGGAAAGGUUAUAGGUAUCUGGACCAGCUGAGCUCUUAAAAUAAUCCAGAUGAAAAAUGAUGAGAUCCUGAACUAGGGGUUUUGGCAAGUAGAGGAGAUGUCUUGGAGGUAGAACUGACAAAGCUUGGCCAUUGGUUGGAUAUGGGGUAUGAGGGAAAAAGGAAAGUCACAUGUAACUCUAGGAGGAUGGUUGCCUCUAAUAGAAAUAUCUCAAUUAUUUGGAAGAAGGAAAUUUUGUUAAGGAAGAAGAUAAUUCUAUUUGGACUCGCUGAAAUCCUUAUAGGUCAGUCAGGUAAGUAUAUUAGAGAUCAUUAGAAUCAUGAGAGUGGAUGGGAUCACCAUUAAUGUGUAUAGAGAAAACGAGGCCCAUGGGAUACUUUGUAAAAAUUUAAACACUAAAAAGAUGAGUAGUUAUAAAUAACCAAAAUCUUAGUAUCAAUGGGAAUGGCAAUGUUUAUGAUGAGAUAUAAAGGAGGGAUCAAGCAAGCAUUUAUUAAACUUGUAUGUGUCAAGUAUUAUGGUAGGCACUAGGAAAUGUCCUCAAAGAUAAAAAUGUUCUCAAGGAACUUAAGUUCAAUUAGAUUACACAAGUAAUUAUUGCUAAGAAUUGAGAGAGAUUUGUAUUAUAAACAUUAAGUAAGAUACCAAUUUAUAGAUCACUCAGGAAGCACUUCCUGAUGGAGAGAAAACCAGUGUUGGAGACAGAUUGGGUUUGAAACUAAUUACUGAUGACUUGUCAUUCUUACCCUUUCACUUUGCUCUUUUACAAAAUAGGAAUGAUAAUUUGCUCUCACCCACUUCACAAGGUGGUUUGUUAGAGGAGAUAAUGGCUACAUAUAAACCUUAUAAAAUACAAAAGUGUGAAUUGUUACCUCCAUGGGUCCCUUGAGCCAUUUUAAGAGUCCCUGCUAUGGCAUAAUAUGAAAUCUAAUAGUAUAAGCACCAAGGUGUAUCCCAAAGUUAGCUUGCACUCUGAUUCUCAUCUCCUUUGCACCCCUGUUUGUUUUGAAAGUUGUUCAGAUAACAAGUAAAUGAGAAGUGGCACAUAGAUUCAGAAGGACUAAAAUCUUUCCUUAAAUAGAAUAAAAAUAAAAUGACUCACUGAAAAUUCUUGCAUAAUGCUAUCAUUUUUUAACAUAUGCAAGGUAUGUCCCUGGUAAGCCCUUAAGUAGAUAAAGAAAUGAAAUUUUUCAAACUUCAUUCUCCAAUAUUGCAAUGAAACUCACUGGGAUCUCACUGAUAUAGACAUACCUUACAGAAUACAAUCCAUGAAUGCCACUCCAUUUUCUGUAAUCACAUCCAUCCAUAUCACGUUUAAGAGAUGUCUUUACUUUUGGGACAUUGUUUUCAUUUCCUAAAACCCACUCCCCAAAAUGUUAUCAGAACCUUUCCUUAAAGUAAGGGACAGUGAAAUAAAAUGAACUGUCACUAUGACAUGAUCCUCAUUUUUCUGUGGAUCCCCCACAAAUCAAUCAAAAAGAAUUUAUGAAGUGCCUCUAUGUGCUAAAUACUAGGCUGAUUGCUGUGAAUUCAAAGACAAAAGUAAAGUCAUGUCCUUGAAAUAUUUUUAAAACAUCUUUUGUUUUUUACAUCACUUGAAUUUCUUCCUGUAUGUCUUUCUCAGUCUUUUUAAGAAAAGGGAUGAGGGAAAAAAAUAGCAAAAAUGAUCAAACAUUGAAAAAAUCUGACAUAUGCAAUGUUCCAUACUUGUGAACUCCUUUCAUACCUCUGAAGAAUGAGAUCAGAGAAAAAUCUGGAAAGGCUUAAAUGAACUAAAACAGAAUGAAGUGAGUAGAACUCUGUACAACCACUACAAUACUGUACAAUGAAGAACUGUGAAUGGCAGUUAUUCUCUCUUUUUAUUAUAGCUUUUUAUUUACAAGAUAUAUGCAUGGGUAAU